AUGGAGAAGUCUUUGGAUUACGCUCAAGAGAAUCUCUCGAACGAUCCGAAUCUUACCGACUCUCAACUAGACAGGUUGGAGAAGACAUUCGCACUGUUAGCGUUUGAAAAACCAGCUGAGAGUCCGUUUGGAAAGCUGUUGGAUCAAUCUCAGCGACAAAUGGUUUCAACAGAAGUUAAUGGCGCCGUACUACGAGCAUUAAACCGGCCAGCAGCUCCUCGACUCGAGGCACUGCUGCGGAUGAUAGUAUGGGCGCAGAAACAGCUGGUGACAGAGCGGGACGAGGACAGGAACGCGGCCCCUCCGUAUCCUGGAGCUGGCAGAUUUGGCGGAGCUGGCACAGGUGCUAGCGCCGAUACUAACACGAUCGCUCGAGCUCUUUUUGGGGGAACAUCUUGCUAG